UAAAACCUUCCAAACGUUAGAUUAAAAAUUUAAAUUUUGGCUGAGCUGUGUUAUAUCGACGGUAAUUUUUUUAAUGCUGAGUUUGUUGGUGGCUGAUAGCAUUAACACUAUCUAGUCUAGGUUCUGGUGGUAGAAAUAUUUUCUAUUUUUUAAAACCGUCUAGGUUGUGCUAGGAUACCGAGGAAGAAGAUAUUUUUACAUAAUGAAAAGCAUGUUUUUUAAGAUACACCGCUUACUUUUGUAAAUUGAAAGUUUUGCGUAUAAUCAAAAAAAAAUUUGGGUAGAAUUAGAGGAAAUACUUUUAUUAUAUUUAUACUUUCUAAUAUUUAUUUUAGAUUUUUUUGGCAAGAAAUGUUUUUAUCUUUUCUAGUCUAGAAGUAUAGGAUAUCAACAUGGUUAAUCUACAUGUUUCGAAUUAUAACCUUUCACAGAUCAUGCUUAUUGCAACACUCUACUUCCCUAAAGUGUGGACGUUAGUUGAAUUAUAGGAAAAAAGUUUUUAUCGUAUUCUGUAUUUGUUUAUCAUUCGUAUUAUUUAAUUUUAAACCAAUACAAUAGGAUGUUAACAACCGACCUACGUACUGUUCGUUUUGGUUUCAAUCUAUAGCAGGCCACAUUUUUUUCCUGUUAUAAGAAAUAAAAUUCGUAUUUGUUUUUUAAAUUGAAAUUGGCAUUGAAUUUUUGUUUAUUGGAAUAAUUUAUUUCGUAGUGUAGCAUCAAUAACUUCCGAUUAAUGUGAAUUUAACACUAGUUUUAACACUAGUGAGACUAAUACGCUUAGCUUCGUUUUGCGUCGUCUUCCAACAAUGCAUGGAUGCUACUGUAUACACUGUGGUAUGCACAUCGCAAGUACUCAGUAGCACGUGCAAUGUACGUGGGUGCUCACGGCUCAGCCUGCGGUUGGCUCAACUCUGCAAGUACAACCAUGGCCCCCCAUCACCCAUGGGCCAAGGUCCUCGCUCCGUUUUACAAUAUGACAAUCAAAGAGAAGUUGGGAGGGGCACAAUGAAUUUCACAUUGCUCCAGUGGCAAAAAAAAUUAAUCCGUUUCAACACAUAAAUAUUUCUAUAUUAUUUAGCACAUAUCUAGGUUAAUAGACAAUUGUUUAUAUUUCUUUUUUAAGCUUCGGUUUAGGGUUUGUUUAGUUGACAAAUUUUUUUGUCGUUGCACGUCACAUCGGAUAAACGAACACACAUUUGAACUAUUAAACUUAGUUUAAUAACAAAACAAAUUACAGAUUCCACUAGGAAACUGUGAGAUGAAUUCUUUAAGCCUACUUAAUAUGUUAUUAGCAAAUGUUUAUUAUAGCGCCACAUUGUUAAAUCAUGACGUAAUUAGGCUUAAAAUAUUCGUGUCGCAAUUUGCUAGCGGUGAACUGUGUAUUUUUUUUUUGGGGGGGUUACACUCCAUACUUGUAUCCAAACGUUCGAGGUAACAGCGGAAAAAAAAUUAUUUGGGAACUAAACAUGCUCUUAUUGGAGAAUCAUUGAGGAGCACACGAUUAGUUAUGUUGCGGUACAAAAUUUAAAUGUUAUGAAUUUGAAACGGACGUAGUAAAAAAUUAGUAAAGUAGCAGCCUAGUAGCAAAUACGGCGUAGUUCCAUUUCCCGUGAGCCGAGCGAGGCAAGCCACAAGCGACCCGUAUCCACCCACCCCACCUAGGGUUCGGAUGGCGGUGGCGAUGGCCGCGGCGGCGGCACGGCUCCGCCUCCUCGGCGCGGCGUCGAGGCUUCGUCUCGCGGCGGCCGCUCCGGGUCCCUUCUCCGACUUCAACGGCUCCGACUUCAACGGGCGUGGGCUAGGCGAUGGGCCGUCUCCGACGCCGAGGGUUUCCACAAAUCCUCGCCUCCGUCAAUCUGGAGUCUUCCACCCAUGCUUUCACAUCUUCCGCCCCAGCCAGAGCUCACCCCAGCUGAAGGGCUUCCGAUACAUGUCGGAAAAGAGAGACACCAAUGGAAUUGAAACCACUGAAAAAUUUGGCUCACUUCUGGUUGAAAGAAUGAGUGGUUUGUUGGAAACAAGUAAGUCCAUUGCUGACAGCCUCGAGAGGAUUGCGCGAUCCCUUGAGAACCCACCAGUGAAUAAAGAUUACAUUGAGGCUCUUAACCUCCAGAAGCCACCCCCAGAAGACCAGCUCAAACAUGAUGUUGAUGACCUUGUUAAGGACCACAACAUGAUAGCAAAAACUGUUGCGGUAUUUCUUGGUGAAGUCCGCAGACAAUUCCCAGAGGUAGUGGGUCUUUCAUGGAUUGACUCAUGCAUUACAGUAGGCAGUGAUCCGUGGAUCCAGAACCUUUCCAGACUGGCUCUUGAAAUCUUGAGAAAGGUUAGGCAAGAACAUCCGGAAUGGAUUGUUGGUUUGUACCUUGGCAGCCUUCUGUUUCUGAUGGUAGCUUUAUCCUUCUCGGCUCCUGCGGAAUCCUACUACAUCUGUGACUGCAUGUGGUAUAUGCACCAUGCCUUCUGAGUUUGCAAUGCCCCCACCUGACCUGAGGACUGCUUAAUUUUGAGUGAUGUUUUUUGUUGUGCUUUCUCAUUUGGUACUCCACUGGAUAUACUAAUGAUACACCCCUAUAUGUACUUACAGUGCUUCCUCAUUUGGUACUCCACUGGAUAUACUAAUGAUACACCCCUAUAUGUACUUACAGUGCUUUCUCAUUUGGUACUCCACUGGAUAUACUAAUGAUACACCCCUAUAUGUA